AUGGCAAAGGAAGUAAUCGCCAUUAACGAUGCGGUUCAUAAGCUACAGCUCUCUAUGCUCGACGGGAUCACUAAUCAGAAGCAGCUCUUCGCGGCGGGGAAAUUGAUGUCUCGAUCAGACUACGAGGACGUCGUCACGGAGCGAACCAUCGCUAAGCUCUGCGGUUACCCUCUCUGCCGAACAUCUCUCCCUUCCGAGGUUUCUAGAAGAGGAAAGUAUCGGAUAUCGCUCAAGGAGCACAGAGUUUACGAUUCACAGGAGACGAGAAAGUUUUGCUCGGCGGAUUGUCUUAUUAACAGCCGAGCUUUCUCGGGGACUUUGCAAGAGUCUCGUACCUCGGAUUUUAAUUCGGUGAAGUUGAAUGAGAUUCUGGGUUUGUUUGGUGAUUCGAACGUGGAUGAUUCUGUGGAUGUGGAUAAGGUGUUAGGAUUAUCUAAGCUUACGAUUCGUGAGAACACUGAAGUGAGAGGAGGAGAAUUGUCUCUAGAGCAGUGGAUGGGUCCUUCUAAUGCCGUUGAAGGUUAUGUUCCUUUCGAUCGGAGCGAUUCCAAACCCGGAAAUGGCAAACUCGAUUCCAAGGCUACUCAUAAGAAUCAAGAGAAGAGUGAGGACCAGCAUUUUAGCGAGAUGGAAUUCACUAGCGAAGUUAUAUUUUCUGAUGAAUAUAGUGUUUCAAAGCUUCCACCACAAACCAAAAAAGCUUCUCCUGUAAAGGAAUCUGAGGAGGGCAAAGGGAAAACAAUUGCGAAAGAUCAAACUGCUGUUCCUCCCACACAAAAGAAAUCGAGGUUUCGCCUAGAAAAAGAAAAGGACAGGAAGAAUGUUGGGUUUGAUGGGAUGGAUUUUGCGAGCUUUGGGUUUGAUGGGAUGGGUUGUGCGAGCUCUGUCACUUCAAAUGAUGGGUUCAGCGUUGAAUAUACUGUGUCUAAGCAACCACCAUGUUCAACGGAAGACCCUCUUGGUAGCCAAAUUAAAGAGGAUCUUAAGACUUCAGAUGAAAAAAGUCCUCUGACAGGUUCCUCUUCUGCGUCUAAGAAGAAGGGUUUGGGGCUUUCAACACAAGCUGGACAAACUUCUCAUGCAAGGGAAUCAAAGGGUGGCAAAGGGAAAACAGUUAUUACUGAUGUUAAAAAAACUGCAGUGCUUCCGUCAAAAAAUUCGACUGAAUCUUACGAGGGACUUAAAGCUCAUGAGGAUGUGUCUUCAUCGAUUGAAAACGUCACUAAAUCAUGCCUUAAACGAUCUGGCCCUAAGAAGCUUCAUCGUUCAGUUACUUGGGCCGAUCAGAAUGACGACCAUGUUGAUCUUUGUGAGGUUAGAGACAAUGAGGACGUAGAUAGUGUAUCACGCCUUGCAUUAGCAGAAGCCUGCGCUACGGCAUUGCGCCAGGCUGCCGAAGCUGUUUCUUCGGGAGAUUUAGAUACAAGUGAUGCCGCUGCUCAAGCUGGAAUCGUUUUGUUGCCAAGUACACAGCAACUUGAUGAAGAGGUUUCCGAGGAGGAAACGAGUGACGACGAACCUACUCUUCUGAAGUGGCCAAAUAAGCCUGGGAUUCCAGAUUCUGAUUUGUUUGACCGUGAUCAAUCUUGGUUUGAUGGAGUUCCAGAGGGAUUCAAUCUAACCUUAUCAACUUUUGCUAUCAUGUGGGAUUCACUGUUUGGAUGGGUAUCAUCGUCGUCUCUGGCGUACAUAUACGGGAGGGAUGAAUCUGCUCAUGAGGAGUUCUUAACAGUUAACGGAAAGGAGUACCCCAGGAAGAUUAUAAUGGGAGAAAGUCUCUCCUCAGAGAUCAAGGAGACAAUUGCUGGGUGUCUUGCAAGAGCUUUACCUAGAGUGGCCACUGAUCUCAGGCUGCCAAUAGCGAUAUCCGAGUUGGAAAAGGGACUGGGAGGCUUGCUGGAGACAAUGUCGUUGACAGGGGCAGUUCCUUCAUUUAGGGUUGAACAAUGGCGAGUGAUUGUUCUUCUGUUUCUGGACGCUUUGUCUGUAUCGCAUAUUCCUCGGAUUGCACCUUAUGUACUCAACAGAAACAAGGUUUUGGAAGGAAGUGGAAUAGGAAGUGAAGAGUAUGAGAUAAUGAAAGACAUUCUGUUACCACUUGGCCGUGUUCCUCAGUUUACUACCCGAAGCGGAGCUUAG